AAUCAAUGCCUUAUCGACGUGCUUCGCAUAGUACUAUGGUAUUAGAUGAGAAACUUUACAUCUACGGUGGCCAAAAUUCCUCUUUUUCGUCAACCGAAAUACAAAUACACGAUGAUAAAGAUAUUCAUUUGUAUGAUGUUCGCCAAGAAAAAUGGAAUAAAAUUAUCGCACCUUAUCCUGAUGGUUCUCGAUUGUCACCUACAUUAACACUUCCGUCAUAUUGGAUAAAGACGGACGGAAGUAAAGUCGGAAGAAGAGUACAUGCUGCGAUGCUUUCGAUGCACAAACGUAUCAUUAUUUUGAAUGGAGAGGAAAGAGAUAAUUUCGAGUAUGAAGAAAAUGAGCAACCUUGGGAGCUCUUAAAAUCUUUGUCAUUAGAAGAACGUAAUUGGGAUCAUAUAAGAGUCAAGGGAUUACCACAGAUGAGCUGCGUUGCUGUGGUUGGCGAAUAUGAAGGUGAAACAAUAGGCAUAUUUGUCAUCGGAAAG